CCCUCCCUCCCAUUAGUGGAAGCCACCCGCUGCGUCCGUGCCGCCCCCCGCUCGGCCGGGCGGAGGGAGGCGGCGGCAGAGCCCAGCUGUGACGGGGGGGACCGUCCCCACCGCCCCUGCUGACUCGGGAAGGUGGGACCAGGCAGGGCUAUGCAAAUCGCCCUCGCCCAGCUGCUGCCUGCGGCUCGCUGGGGGCUGCGGGGGAAGGCGGAGCUGGGCGGAGGGACCGAGACCGGAGCGCUGCCGGAGCAAAGUCGAGGAGCAGACCGGCGUGCUGGGGGGUUUGAGGAUGAAAACAUGGGACUUAAGAUAUCCUGCCUGAAAGGCUUUAAAUCGUGUGUGACUAGCGGGAGCAGCCAGGCACCCAUAGCCAACGGCAAACACCUGAGAGUCCCGGCCAUUAUCAUCACGCCUCCUACGCCCACGGGCACCAUGCUGACCAGAGACGCCAGGCGGCCAGGGGAAGAGCCGCCACGCCACAACUGCUGAGCCAGAGGCUACAAGAACAGGAGCCACGCAGGGCACGAGGCACGGCCGGGGAGCACCUGAAGGAGCUGGCGCUGUGUCGCCGGCACCGUGACCAGCUUGCAGGGGAACCUCUCUGUGCCAUGUGGUUCCCCCUCCCGUGUUCUUGCUUUUCACCGGGUUUAUUACAGAUUUAUUAAUGGAGCUGCAGGCUCCUCGCGACGGGGGCUGUCAGAGAGUUCCAAACUCCAGCAAACCGUGGCCUGUUCAGCCAUUAGCCGGGCUGCUCCUCUCUGGGAGGGAGGGAGGAGACUGACAGCGAGGGCGGGGAAGACGGCUGGGCUGCAGCGAUUUGGCUUUCCUGGUGCCAGGCUGUGGCCUCCCUUUGGCCAUUUAAGUCACCCUAACAGGGCUUGUCUGGGGCCGAAGCUAACUCAAAAGCCAGGUGGAGGGUGCGUUCCCUGUCCUGGUCACCGACAGCCUUUCCACGGCUCCUGAAUGGACUGGGUUCUCCUGGAGUCAGCGAGGCAGCAGGACGUGUCGCGGCCCGCCCCGCUGGAAGCCAAUCGGCUCAAGUUUUGCCUGGGUGGGGUGUCAGUGGGGAAGGCGCUGAACACUACUACUAACCACAGGGGACCUCUGUGUUGCAAGCCAUAGGCCAGGCUCCCGUUGUAGGCGAGGAGCGCGAGCUGGGAUGGAAGGGGCCGAUCCCUGUCAGCAAGUUGGACAUGCAAGGUGCCAGCUCUCUCCUGAUGGCCGGGAGGUGACUGCUACAGGGCUCACCCUGGCCAGACCUUCGCAGAGCCCCAUGUGCAUGGGCAGCACCAGGGAAACCCACGGCUGACCCAGCCACCACCUGAAUGCCAGUUGUCACUGGCCAUCGGCCACAUGAGCCUACACAUGAUGCCAGCGUCACAAACAAUAUUUUCUGCACCAGGCUCAUGCUCUUGCUUUUCUGAUGUACCAGACGCUGCUGGCCAAAGGUGGGGGAAUCCCAGCUUGGUCCGGAGGUGGGAAGGAAGUCUGGAUCUAGUUGAACUGGGGCUGAUGGGAGCCUCUGAUGGGAAUACACGCCUGCCAUCAGUUUCUGCGUGUGGCAGCGUUGCUUCCUUGAUCACUUCUUUCAGCGUGACCUGAGCGUGUGCCUUACGGGCGUAGGCACCAGGAGCCCAAGGAAGAGUCCAUCUGAGCAUCAUGUGGCGGGGGGAGGGCUGGAGGUUGCCUAGAGGAUUUGGGCGACAGGCACUCCUCCCCAUCUGGACCUGUUGCACUUUCUUUGCUGCUGCAAGUGGCUAGAUUGGGAUGCUGUGGUGUGUGCCUGCAGCCAUCUCCCCGGCAUGGAAUCGCUCCGCUCCCAGAAGGCAGCACGAGCCCCAACGCAGCUAGGUAGCCCUGCGUGGUUGGCUUGGAUGUCGAUGAAGCCUGCUUAUGCUUAGGCCUUUCCUUGCCAGCACGUGGUGGCACAGCGUGGGGAUGGAAGCAAAUGUGAAGAGCCAUGGCAGAGUCACUGUGAGCUACGGCAGGGAGAACAACCUGAGAAUGCACCAACCGGACAACGGGACAGAGGAGGGGUGGGGACCAUCUAUCCCAGUCUAUGCCACCCAUGCAGGCUGGUCUCGUGCCCUUGUGGGUCCUAAUCAUCCCCUGCGGGUGAACAGGCAUGUUUGCAAGUGGCCUGUCUUGGCAAUAUUUUCAAAAGGGCUCGGAGUGAUUUAUAAAGCGUUGCGGUUUUGUUACAAAUAAAGAUCUCUUUGCCCCA